AUGAAAAGUAUAGGAUUUACAAGUUGGAAUAAGAAGAACAUAUUUGAUAUGCAUAUUGGUGGACCAAGUUAUAUUCAUAAUCAGUCAAGAAAGAAUGUUGAUGAUUUAUUAAGACAAAAACAAUCAAUUCAAAGUGCAUUUGCCAAACAAUCUGAUCAACAAAAAUUAGAAUAUCAGACUCAUUUAGAAGUUGCGGCUGUUGAUGUGAUAAGAUAUCUUUUGACCCAAGGACUAUCAUUUCGUGGACAUCGUGAAGAUGAAUCAUUUAUUAAUAGAGAAGGGGAAGUGUGGUUUAUUGGUAUUGGUCAUGUUCGUGGUACUGCUAUUUUAUCUCUAAAGAAUGAAAUCAUUGGAUGUGAUAAAGUGCAAGAACUCUUAUUAUUAGUUUCCGAUAUAUUGAAUAUGGUAGGAGCUUCUUUUAAGCUUAGAGAUGAACUUCGUGAGUCUCAAGAAGAAGAAAUUGAAGAAGUAUUACGUAAAGAUGAGCUUGAAACUUGUAGGGGCUUGAAUCAAGAACUAGGACUUACUAGAGCUGGUGAUAUUCAAUGGGGUUCUCACUACAAAUCCUUUAAUAAUUUUAUUCUUAUGUUUGGCCCUAUCAUUGAUGUACUUGAUGCUCUUACUGUUAAUGCACAUUUUGAAAAAAAGUGUAAUGCAAAGGAAUAUCUUUAA